AACGUAGUUAGACAUUUUUUAUUUAAUUAUACAUGUCGUGUUAGCUUGUAAUUCCAUUAUAACUUAGUUUCACAGUUGAUAUGGUUCUGUUAUGUCUCAAUUCCUUUAUUGCGGUAACAGAUUUCCGUAAACAUAGAAAAUGUUGAGACUACCGCUCCUGCGGGCCACUGGCCUGUCCAGUGGCAAACUUGGAAAUGCAAAAUUCCACACUUCCGUAGUCAAUCUACAGGCUGCUACCGAAUUGGUUGAGUUGUUCAUUGAUGACAAACCUGUAAAGGUUCCACCUGGUACUACAGUUCUUCAGGCUGCAGCAAAGGUUGGUGUUGAAAUACCACGAUUUUGUUAUCAUGAGCGUCUUGCAGUUGCUGGAAAUUGUAGAAUGUGUCUCGUGGAAAUUGAGAAACAGUUAAAGCCUGUUGCAGCUUGUGCAAUGCCUGUUAUGAAAGGAUGGCGAGUAAAAACUGAUUCUGAUUUGACAAGGAAAGCACGUGAAGGAGUUAUGGAAUUUUUGUUGGUUAAUCAUCCAUUAGAUUGCCCUAUUUGUGAUCAAGGUGGUGAAUGUGAUCUUCAAGAUCAAAGUAUGGCUUUUGGUAAUGAUAGAAGUCGUUUCGUUGAUAUCAACUUUACUGGAAAAAGAGCCGUAGAAGAUAAAGACAUUGGACCUUUGGUUAAAACCAUCAUGACACGUUGCAUUCACUGUACAAGAUGUAUCCGAUUUGCAUCUGAGGUUGCUGGCAUAGAUGAUUUAGGCACUACAGGUCGGGGAAAUGAUAUGCAGGUUGGUACAUAUGUUGAGAAAAUGUUCCUUUCGGAACUAUCUGGCAACAUCAUUGAUCUAUGCCCUGUUGGUGCCCUUACAAGUAAACCUUACGCCUUUGUGGCAAGGCCAUGGGAAACUCGACGGACAGACAGCAUUGAUGUUUUAGAUGCUGUUGGCAGUAAUAUAGUAGUUUCUAGUAGAACGGGUGAAGUACUAAGAAUUUUACCCAGGGUUAACGAAGAUGUAAAUGAAGAAUGGAUAUCAGAUAAAGCGCGCUUUUCAUAUGAUGGUCUUAAACGCCAAAGACUUGUUACUCCGAUGAUUAAAAUUGAUGGAAAGUUGCAAAAUGUGGAAUGGGAAGAUGCUCUUGUGGCUGCUGCCAAGACUUUGCGAAACGCACCGAAAGAUAAAUGCGCAGCUAUUGCUGGGAAGCUAGCUGAUGCUGAAGCUCUUAUUGCAUUGAAAGAUCUAAUCAAUAGACUUGGUAGUGAAACUCUUGCAACGGAACAAAAUUUCCCAAAAGAUGGUUCAGGUAUUGAUCUCAGAAGCAGUUAUCUUUUAAAUAAUACCAUUGCUAACAUUGAAGAAGCUGAUGUAGUUCUAUUGAUUGGUACAAAUCCGAGAUAUGAAGCCCCUUUGGUGAAUACUCGUUUAAGAAAAGGUUAUUUACAUAAUGAACAAACUAUAGCACUCAUAGGAUCAGAUGUGGAUUUAACAUAUGAUCAUGAGCAUUUAGGAGAUUCACCCGAAAUUAUUACGCAAUUGGCAAAUGGCACACAUCCAUUCAGUGAAACUUUAAAAAAUGCUAAAAGACCUACAAUUGUCUUGGGUGUUAAUCAAUUCACGAGACGGGACGGAGGCAAAAUACUAUCUGAAACUCAAGCGCUUGCUAAAACAUUGGAGGACAAACUACAGACCUCUUCGGAAUGGAAAGUUCUGAAUGUUCUUCACACAAAUGCAUCACAAGUAGGUGCACUGGAUCUUGGUUAUGCAUCCACUGUGGAAGAAGUUAAACAACAACAACCUACAGUUCUGUUUCUUUUGGGAGCUGAUGAUGCUAACAUUAAAAAAGAAGAUUUUAAAAAUACAUUUAUCAUAUAUUUAGGAAGUCAUGGUGAUCAAGGGGCAAGUAUUGCUGAUGUAGUAUUAGCUGGUGCAGCAUACACUGAAAAGAAUGCAAGCUAUGUGAAUACAGAAGGUCGCUCACAAGAAACUGGUGCUGCAAUCACUCCUCCAGGGAUGGCGCGUCCGGAUUGGAAAGUUAUUCGUGCUCUUUCAGAGAUUUGUGAUAUUUGUCUACCCUACGACAACAUAAACGAGGUGCGUGAUCGACUUGAGGAAGUUGCUCCUCAUUUAGUUAGAUAUGGCGAGGUAGAAGCCUCUAAUUUCUUCGCCCAGGCCCUUGAGCUUGCGCAGCAAACCAGAGGGUCGUUUUUACCGGAACCUAUAGGAAUUAAACAGAGGACAUUAGAUCAAUUUUUCAUGACGGAUGUCAUAUCCAGAGCAUCUUCGACUAUGGCGAAGUGUGUUCAAGCAGUCCUAAAACAACGCCAAGCAACUUAUAAUUGAUUCAUACAUUACUGUGUAAAUAGAUAGGAUUCUGUUAUGAUGGUAUAAAGAGACGUUUAAUAGUGGAAUGUAUUUACUGUAAUACUGCAGUUUUAGAAAAUGCUUUCAUGGAAUUAUAAGUUAAAUUAUGAGAUGGCAAUAAAAUUAUAACAGAAUUCUAUACCAUGUAACCUGAUAGUUUGGUUAACCAAUCAAUAGUAAAUGAUAUACAUAAGAAAGAUAUUUCCGAUUACAAUUUUUUAUGUCCGAUUAAAUCGUUUAAAUAUAAAGAUCAUUUGACACUU